AUGGCUGGGGAUGCGUUUCUCUCCGGAGAGUUUUCUUGGCCUGGUUUCGUUAUGAUGACAGUAACCCUCCAAAACAUCAACGAACCGAACGCCGGUACCCGUCUCCUCUAUGGUGCCCGCCCCUUGGAAAAGAAAGCCCGCCUAUCCCGCUCUCUCACUCUUCCUCUGUUCAACUUUCCCGGUACCAAUGCCUUCGUCGGUCGACUUCAGCAGCAACCGCAGCCGCUGGAGGCCUUCAAGACCUCCUCCAACAACUUCCUCUACGAAGCGAAGAUGGCCGCUUCCAGCACCACCCCAGUCAGCGGGAACAGUCCUAAGAUCCUGCUGACUACGGAUGACACCCCCGCAGAACCGCACAUCUACGACUUCGACGAAAAACGUUCCAGCGGCGAUGGAUCGGUUGUGAUAAGCAUAACGUCCCCGACCGCCUACCAAAUUCCGACCUCCAAAUCGCUUGGUCUGAAUAACUUCAACUUCGUGAACCUUCAGAACGUGGCCAAUACGGGGCCGUCGUCUGCCUACAGUAGCAACUACAAUACCGGUAAUAGCAGCCUAAUAGGUAGUGGUAACAGUAGCACUAAUUUUAGCAGCAGUAGUAUCAAACGGGGAAGUGACGUGACGGCUUACGGGUCGUCCGCGUCCGCUCAGCUUAUUAGCAAUAGUACCAACAAUGCCAUCUAUCGACUAGCCCGGAUCAUCAAUCAAACAACGAAAACUCCGACGUCUCCGGGAGUGAGUGGACUUGGAAGUGGACUUCUUCAACACCAGGCCAACGAUGACUCGUCGCGGCGAUUGUCCUGGGAGAGGCGUGACAAGGACAGCAAGCGCAUUCCGCGAUCGUCCAGCAUCGAUUCGAUGGUGGACGCAGUGUGGAGUGAGUUUCCGUCGUCGGGACCCGGAAGUGCGCGUAAUUCGGUGUCUAAUCAGUCGGCACAGUCCCAAUCGACUUCAAAUGUGCCGUCGAGUUUGAACAUCUUUCUCAGUUCGAAUCGACGCGAGAGUAUGCUGAGUCCGUCGUCCAACCGGCGGUCGAAGCAUCAGCGGGGAAUUUCCGGUAAGUUGAAGAUAUGGGUUGGAACGUAA